ACCAUCACUCUCUAAAAGCAGAUCGGGAUAACUAGCUAUCUAGCUAGCAAGAUAUGGCGAAAGACUACGUAGAUAAGCCAGCAGCACCGCUGUUUGAUACGGCGGAGGUGAAGAAGUGGUCUUUCUACAGAGCCCUCAUUGCUGAAUUUGUUGCCACACUUCUUUUUCUUUACGUUAGUGUUGCUACUGUUAUUGGCCACAAGAAGCAAGUUGGUCCCUGCGAUGGCGUUGGACUUCUUGGUAUUGCAUGGGCUUUUGGCGGCAUGAUUUUCGUUCUUGUCUAUUGCACUGCUGGGAUCUCUGGUGGGCAUAUAAACCCAGCAGUAACAUUUGGGCUAUUACUGGCAAGGAAGGUGUCAUUACUGAGAGCAGUGGCGUACAUGGUGGCGCAGUGCUUAGGAGCCAUUUGCGGCGUUGGCUUUGUGAAAGGGUUCAUGAAGCAUGACUAUAACACGUAUGGCGGUGGUGCUAAUACCGUUGCAGUUGGCUACUCAACCGGCAUAGCUUUGGGUGCUGAGAUCAUUGGCACUUUCGUCCUUGUCUAUACCGUCUUCUCCGCCACUGACGCCAAAAGCAAAGCGCGUGAUUCUCACGUCCCCGUACUAGCACCAUUGCCAAUUGGAUUUUCGGUGUUUAUAGUUCAUUUGGCCACUAUUCCCAUCACUGGAACUGGGAUCAAUCCUGCUAGGAGUUUUGGAGCUGCUGUAAUUUACAACGAUAGCACAGCUUGGAAUGACCAUUGGAUCUUUUGGGUUGGACCCUUUGUCGGAGCGUUGAUUGCUUCUCUCUAUCACCAGCAAGUUCUGCGAGCUCAUGCUCUCGAUACUUGGAACUCCUAUUACAACAACCCCAGCACUUGAACUAGUCUCUCCUCAUUGUUGUAUCUACCCACCAUUAUGGUAGCACUUAAGUAGUGAUUAUCAUUUGCUGGCCUUGAAUUUCUUUUGUUUUUUACGCACUAUUUGUGGCUUGUAAAAUGUCGACCACGGUUGUUUGGUUCUAUCAAUACUAUUCUGAUUAUUCUUCAGUUUUAA